AUUUUUUAUUUUUACAGUGACUGGCGACUGCUCUAUCCACCGUCCCUCCCAAUUCGAGGGCUCGAAAGCCACAACGGUUUUCAACGACCUUGUGUUCAAUCGACAGACCCCGAGUGAUACUUGUUUCAAUUUAUACCUCAACGUUCAAAAACAAAGAGAAGGCCACCUGUUGUUUUUGGGUUACGUAGUCCUUUGGUCUAGAAAAAGAGUAAAGCACUGAUUUUUAUGUAAGUUCCUGUUGUGGGUUUGCAGCGAACUGCCUUUUAGACUGUUGGGUGUUUUGUUGUUUACGGUUUCGUGCUGUUUUUGGCACUUGGCCGGCUGAAAAUGGCGUCUUUUGUGGUUGCAAGCCGGAAUUGGAGUUGACCCUGGGAUGGUUUGUAGUGAUCUUAGGGAGAUCUGGGUGGGUGAGGGAUAAGGCGAGAGAUGGAACCUCCAAAGGGGGUUUUGGCUUCUUUGUGGAACUUUAUUUGCUUUCUACCUUUCUUCACUGGGCUUCUGCUUCUGGGCAUAAUUAAAGGUAUCGUUUUCUGCCCAUUGAUAUGCCUUAUCGUGACAAUUGGAAAUUCUGCUAUUAUAUUGGGUCUUUGGCCAGUGCAUAGUUUCUGGACAUAUUAUUCCACUUUGAGAGCUAAACUAUUAGGACCAGUUUUGAAGCUGCUUCUCUGCAUAUGUGUCCUACCUUCGCUCUUGAUUUUGUGGCCAGUGGUUGGUAUCGUCGGAAGUAUCAUAAGCGGAGCAGCAUAUGGCUUUCUUUCACCAAUAUUUGCUACUUUUGAUGCUGUUGGAGAAGGAAAGACUAAUAAAUUAUUCCACUGUUUUUAUGAUGGAACUCGGGAAACUAUUGAAAGGAGCUUCGAUAUUGUCAGAGAUUUUUUGGAUUUUUGUCACCAUUCCUACUUUUCAUAUAUGGAUGACCUGCAACUAAAAGAGCCUCCAGAUGUGAAAUAUUAUGAGAUUAGAUUGCUUUAUCUUCCUGCUGCAGUUAUAGCUGGAGUUCUCGGUUUCAUCAUUGAUUUGCCGUUAAUCUCAGUCAUUGCUCUGUGCAAAAGUCCUUACAUGCUCUUUAAGGGAUGGCACCGUUUGUUUCAUGACCUUAUAGGUCGUGAAGGCCCUUUCUUGGAGACAAUAUGUGUACCUAUUGCAGGUCUUGCUAUCCUACUCUGGCCAUUGGCUGUUAGUGGGGCAGUGUUAGGCUCCAUGGUGGCCAGUAUCUUUCUUGGUGCUUAUGCAGGGGUGGUUGUUUAUCAGGAGGAGUCCUUUUGGUUGGGGCUUUCCUAUAUUGUUGCAUCCUUGUCCAUAUAUGAUGAAUACAGCAAUGAUGUUCUUGACAUGCCUGAAGGAUCCAUCUUUCCUAGGCCUCAUUACCGAAAGAAGGAUGCAUUGUCACGGACGACCUCUCAUUCGGCUUCUUUCUCAAGGCGUAGCUCUAUCCGAAAUCAUCCCUCCCGCACAGGGUCACUCAAGAACCCUAUGAUUGAGUUGAAGCCACUUGAGCUACUGGACAGCUUAUUCAAGGAUUGUCAACACCGCGGGGAAAUAAUGGCUUCUGAAGGACUAAUAACACUUCAAGAUUUGGAAGAUGCCAUGUCCACUAAGGGUAGCAGAGUUAUUAGCAUUGGAUUACCAGCUUACAGCCUUGUCCUGACACUUCUGCGCUCUGCAAAAGCCAAUUCUGCGGGUUUAUUGUUAAGUGACAAUGUUACUGAGAUCACUAGCAGAAACGGACCAAAAGACACCUUCUUCGAUUGGUUUUUUAACCCACUUCUGAUCAUCAAAGACCAGAUUAAAGCUGAGGACCUUUCUGAGGCAGAAGAGGACUAUUUCUGCAAAUUAGUUUUGUUGAGCGGUGAUUCUGAGAGGUUGAAAAACCCAAUUAUCGGCUCGCCUCCUGAAUCUGAACUUAAACGAGCUGAACUCGAUGCAUUAGCUCGAAGGCUGCAAGGGAUCACCAAAUCUAUCACAAGGUAUCCGACUUAUCGGCGUCGUUUUGAAUAUCUUGUCAAAACCAUGUCGGAAGAUCUCGCCAAGAAGAACGGUGGCAGCAGAUCAAACGAUGGACCUAAAACAAUUCCAAGAUCAAAGAGUGCCUUGGUAAGAAUGUUUAGUCAGCACUCUUUCAGGAAAACAAGCUAUCACGGUUCUGAUCAAGAGUCACAACUGGUUGAAAGAGAGGUGGAAAUUUCGUGAAAUGUAAUUAUUGUUCCAAUCAUAAUAUUCUUUUUUCCUUGGUUUCCUAGUUUGUAGCUUUUAUUCAUUCUCAUAUUUGCCUUCUCCUUCAUGACACUUGCAUUGAAGCAUGUAUGUGUACGUUGUACAACAAAAUGCAAUCUACCAUAAAAGAAUAGAUAGAUUUGUUUUUUUUCUUUUUCUUUUUC